UCCUCCUUCAGCCUGCAGUCUGCAAGUAGACCAUCAUGGUGGGCCCAAGGAGACAUACAGAUGGUUGGGCUCCACAGCUUCUGUCCAAUAAACCACUGAAGAGUCAUCCACACGUAGUCUCUCCUUUUCUACGGACCCCUCUCCUUGUCCUGCUCAUGGGGCUAGGAGCUUCUGGAAAGGACUCAGCCCCAGCUGUGGUGAAAGGCAUUCUAGGGGGUUCGGUAACUUUCUCCCUGGACAUUUCAACAGACACAGAGAUUGAGCAUAUCACCUGGAGUGGUCCCCAAGGAUCUUUUGCUUUAGCAUUCCCAAGAGGAGUUAUUGUCUUUACGGACAGAAGCUACCAGGGCCGAGUAAAUAUCUUCACCCAGAACAAUUCUUUGUCUAUCAAUAAGCUGACUGUGAAAGAUGCAGGAUCCUACCAAGCCCAGAUAAACCAAGUGAGUUCUAAUGUCACCAGAAAUGACGAAUUCACUCUGCACAUCUAUGAGCAGCUGCAGGAACCUCAAGUCACCGUGAAGUCUAUGACCGUGUCUGAGAAUGCCUCCUGUAACAUCACCCUGAUAUGCUCCGUGGAGCGGGCAGGGGAAGAUGUUCUGUACAGCUGGACCUCGAGGGACCCCCAUGCUUCUGAAUCCUGGAGGGGCUCCACUCUCACUAUCUCUUGGUUGCCCUGUGACCCAGACCUGUCAAUCACCUGCACAGCCAAGAACCCGGUCAGCCAGAGCAGCUCCCGUCCCAUCCACAACUGGCAGUUCUGUACAGAUCUAGGAGCCUCCAGAGGAGGACCAAUGGGGGAGACAGUGGCAGGGAUCCUGGGAGAGUCCAUCACCCUGCCCCUAGCACUCCCGGACAGUCAGGAUAUAGAAAAAGUUGUCUGGAUGUUUAACACAACUAUUAUCAGCAAAAAGCGGGGACAAGAAGCAACAGUCAAUCAGCUCAUUAAGUUCAAGGAUCCCGAUAAGAACACGAUGCAGAUCUCCAGCCAGGACUACUCCCUGAAGAUUGGCCAGCUGAAGAUGGAGGAUGCUGGCCCCUACCACGCCUAUGUGUGCUCAAACUCCAGAAUUAUCAGCACUGAACGUAUCAUCCUGCUCAUCUACCGGAGGCUGAAAAAGCCAAAAGUCACCUUUAGCCUCUGGCCCACAGAGGCCAGCAUCUGCAGGGUCAGCCUGACAUGCUCAGUGGAAGACAGUGGACACAACGUGACAUACAGUUGGACCCCCCUGCAGAAAGAAGCUGUCCUGUCCCAAGGAGGAUCUCACCUCAACAUCUCCUGGAGAAGUGGAGAAAACCACCCCAACUUCACAUGCACAGCCAGCAACCCUGUUAGCAACAGUUCCUGGCAGUUUCUUUCUGGGAACAUCUGUCCAGGGCCUCAGAGAAGUACAAAGCUUUGGAUUGGGUUCUCCCUGUUGGUUUUCAUUGUUCUGUGCUUUGGGAUCUCCGGCUGGUACUUUUGGAAGCAAAAGAGACGAGGUUCGGCCCCAGACUUCAGUUCCAGCCAAGCUGAGGCCCCAGCUGACAUACCAGAGCCAACCGCCAGCCACACAGGAUACAUCAAGCUCUCCCAUGGGCAUGAGAAGUUGAACACUUGCACUACGACUGCCAGGCAACAGCCUAGGCACAUCUCCAACGGCUGCUCUUACAGCAGUGGAACAACUGUGGAGGACAAGGAGAGGACAGAGAUGGGCCAGCCUGUCAAUGGAAAAGAUCAAACGUGUGACUUAUUCACUCAGAAAAAUGCUGAACAUGACUCGGACUCUGAGGGGCAGGCAGAGUAUGAUCUUGUCACUCCAGGUGACAUGGCACCUGCACUCGUGGCUGAAGGGGAAACGAUGUAUACACAGGUCUUCCUUAACUUAACGGGAAAGACCCCCAUUCCUCAGGAGAAAGAGAGCUCAGCCACAAUCUACUGCUCUGUACAGAAACCUCAGAUGGCGGGUCCACUUCCACAACAGAAUGAUCCCGAGUCUCCUGAAAUUCCUACCUAUGAAAAUCUCACCUGAAAAGAACAGCAGUUGCCUCCUUUCUCCGCUGGACUUCAUAGAGCCUGCGGCUCCUGCAAACUGAAGCACUUCAGUAUUUUCUUUAGUGUCUCAGUGAUGCCUGGAUUUGACCCUCCCUGUUCCUCUCACGCCCGGUGAUUUCCCAAGCACAAUAACAGAUCAGACACAGACUCUUGCUUGGAGUCUCCUGGCUCUGUUUGUCUCCUUGCAGGCUCAUACUGUUUCCUCCUCUCUGCUCAGAUGCACACCUCAAAACUCUGCCAAGAGAAUCUGGACCUUUGCAUUGUCUGCUAAACUGCUGCUAAGAUAAAUCUAACAGGUGGUUUCACUUAUGGACACAACGAUUUAGAUGAAAUCAUGUCCUGUAGGAUUUUUCAAAAUAAAAGGCUAGAAAUAA